UUCUGAAGGUGCGUCACUGGUACACCGAUUGAGCCUCUAAAUCAUCAGACGAUCUUUGCAAACAUCCAGCAGCCAUACAUUAGCCGCUGGCAUAUGGAGGGAUCCCGCGGCUGCGGCAGUGGUACCCACUGUCAUUCUCUGAACCGUGAAGCGGUCUCAAAGAUGACUGACUUCAUUUAAAGGAAUCAGCCUGGAAAAACCUACAAAUAGGAAGCGCAAAACCGCAAGAAGCUAAUCAGACCGCUAUCAGGUGUUUAUCGCUGUUUACUCGCCCUUUAACGGCGCCCUGACAGCGCAACAUCACCGCCAGCAGUCGCAGUCAUAAACUGACAGGUAUGUCUUCGUCCGCCGCGCGAGACACCGUCGUUAAAAAGAAGCACGUUCGCUUCGCCAGCAUGGAGGACGACGACGACAACGACGACCAGGAGGAGGACACUCUGUUUGACAAGCGGAAGGACACGGGGAGAGGGCUGAAGAGUGCGCUGAAGGCGGUCAAGAGGACGGCGAAACCGGUGUGCGACGACCGGGUGGAAGUGGUCGGCGGAAGGAGGAGCGGAUAUGGAGCGUGCGGGCGCUGGAUGGUCACCCUCGCGCUCUGUGCAUCUUUCCUGGGCUUGGGGAUGAGUAUCUCUGUUCUUGGCCCCACGUUCGAGGACCUGGCUGUGAAUGUGAAUAAGAACAUCAGCAACAUUUCUUACAUCUUUGUCGGCCGCUCUGCGGGCUACAUCGGCGGAUCCCUCUUAGGAGGCAUUCUCUUUGACUGCAUGAACCCACAUCUCCUGCUAGGGUUUUCUAUGCUGGUCACAUCAGUUGGAAUGUGUGCUAUCCCUUUCUGUACGCACGCUCUGCUCCUCACUGGGCUCAUGUCCAGCAUUGGGAUGUCUAUGGGUAUUCUGGAUACAGGUGGUAACGUCCUCAUCCUGAACACAUGGGGCGAGCAGGCGGGCCCUCACAUGCAGGCUCUGCACUUCAGCUUCGCAGCCGGGGCCUUUGUGUCUCCCAUCAUAGCCAAGCUGCUGUUUGGGACUGACGUCAUCAACAGCACAUUGACCAACUCUUCACUUCCUGUCAACACAGAGCCGGUCCCCAAAGCCCCUGACGCACACACGUUCAUCCGCUACAUCCACAGCAGGAGCAGCACCCUUAAAUCCAUGUGGGCCUACAUCGUCAUCGGUUCCUUUGUCUUUCUCGUCUCCUUCCUCUUCUUCAUCCUCUACUCCCGCAGGGGCUCUUCGCGUGACAAAGCCCGCACGUCAUCGGGAAAGCCCCUGGUGGCCAAACAUCACAUAGCUCUCACUGUCCUGCUCUUCUUCUUCUUCUUUGCCUACGUAGGUGCGGAGGUAGCAUACGGCUCCUUCAUCUUCACCUUCGCCAAGGACUAUGCCCACAUGCCUCAGUCCCAGUCAGCUGGGCUGAACUCGUUGUUUUGGGGGACGUUUGCGGCGUGCAGGGGGCUGGCCAUCUUCUUUGCGGCGUGCAUAUACCCAGGCACCAUGAUCCUGCUCAGCCUGGUGGGCUCCACGGUGUCCUCUCUGCUUCUCUGCCUCUUCAGCAAGGAGAGAGUGGCUCUGUGGCUUUGCACCGGUCUGUAUGGCGCCUCCAUGGCCACCACCUUCCCCAGCGGCAUCUCCUGGGCGGAGCAGUACACCACAGUGACAGCCCACAUGGCGGCAACCUUCGUGGUGGGGGCGGCACUGGGCGAGAUGGUGCUUCCCGCUCUUGUUGGCUUCCUGCUGGGGAAGUUCCACGACCAGCCUCUGCUCAUGUACCUGUCGCUCAUCACUGCCACCUUCACCUCCAUCCUCUUCCCGGUCAUGUACAAGCUGGCCUCGGCCCCCAGCAGCCAGAGCAGGAAACCCCGCGUCAGGGGCCGGCCUGAUGCCGACGACAGCGAGUACCGUCAGGCGCUGCUGGACUCAGGAGCCAACGACGAGGAGGAGGAAGAGGAGGAGCAGGACAACGAGGCUGAUCAGUGGAACGACGCAGACUUUGAGGUGAUUGAAAUGGAUGACACGGCAAGUCUCAUCAGCUCACCCAGCAAGGCCUCCUCUCCUCCUGACGUCACCGGUCUGACAGGGAGCUCUGCUGCCUCUAACCACCUGGUGACAGAGCCCACGAGUGGAGCUUCUUUCUCAGACACCAUCUCCCUGGUAGGAGACUCCCCUAGACGCAAACUGCUGCUCUCUCUGGACAGAGAGAAGAGAGACUGAACCCUCCACCUGUGACUCCUAAGUGCUGUUGAUCUCUCACUGAACACUAGAAGAGCCAUGCCUUCACACGUCUGUGCUCAUUUGUCGUCCAGAAGCUUAAAAACUCAGAUAUUUAUGAACAGCUGAUUUACUGUGCAGUGAAUGCAACACUACUGACUGAAACCUGUACAGCUUAUAAACUAUCCAUAGUGUGGUGACUCAGAGACUCAGAGUUUGGGGUUUUGCACAGUCAUCAGUGUCUUUGGAAGCUUUUGGACCUCUCCUGGAUGAUGAAGGGUACCGCCAUGCUUCAAACAGUUUUAAAUAGUACAUCAUUGGUCCCUGGGCU